AUGGCCUCGGGAAAACACACUGUUUUCCUCUAUUGUUACAUUCUUUGCUUCACUUUAACCAAUUUCGUAUUGAACUUUCGGCCUGUUUUGGCCCAGAAACCUGUUUUUGCUUGUGAUGUCUCUAACAAUCCCGGGUUCAAGAAUUUCAGUUUCUGUGAUACUUCUUUGGAUGUGAAAACCCGCGUGGAUGACCUGGUAAAUAAGCUGACAUUGCAAGAAAAAAUUGGGUUCUUGGUUGAUGGUUCAAAGGGAGUGAGUAGACUUGGAAUUCCGAAUUAUGAGUGGUGGUCUGAGGCUUUACAUGGAGUCUCAAAUACCGGGCCAGGUACCAAAUUUACGAGCCCGAUUCCCAGCGCCACUAGCUUCCCUCAGGUCCUUCUUACGGGUGCAACUUUCAACGAGUCCCUGUUUGUAUUGAUUGGAAAGGUGGUUUCUACUGAGGCUAGAGCAAUGUACAAUGUUGGAUUAGCUGGAUUGACAUUCUGGUCCCCAAACAUCAACAUUUUCCGCGAUCCCAGAUGGGGACGGGGCCAGGAAACUCCAGGAGAAGACCCCGUGCUUUCGAGCAAGUACGGUGCAGCAUAUGUAAGAGGCUUGCAAGAGAGAGAUGACGGUGACAAAGACAAACUGAAAGUUGGUGCUUGCUGUAAACAUUAUACGGCCUAUGAUGUGGAUAACUGGAAAGGAAUUCAGAGAUACACUUUCAAUGCUGUGGUAACACAACAAGAUUUGGAUGAUACCUACCAACCCCCAUUCAAGAGCUGUGUUCUUGAUGGAAAUGUCGCUAGUGUGAUGUGUUCGUAUAACCAAGUUAAUGGCAAGCCAACAUGUGGUGAUCCCGACCUCUUAUCUGGUGUGAUUCGAGGCCAGUGGAAGUUGAAUGGGUACAUUUCUUCCGACUGCGAUUCUUUGAAAGAGAUGUUUAAUUCCCAGAAGUAUACAAAAACACCAGAGGAGACUGCUGCUUUGGCUAUAAAGUCAGGGUUGGAUCUCAACUGUGGAUCUUUCCUGAGUGAUCACACGCAAGCUGCAAUAAAUGGUGGACUACUAAACGAAACAGACGUCAACAAAGCAAUUUCGAAUAAUUUUGCCACGCUGAUGAGACUGGGAUUCUUUGAUGGUGACCCGAGUAAACAACUAUAUGGAAAUCUUGGGCCGAAAGAUGUGUGCACCCCUGAAAAUCAGGAGCUUGCCCGUGAAGUUGCAAGGCAAGGGAUUGUUUUACUCAAAAAUACUAAAGGAUCACUGCCUCUCUCUCCCACUGCCAUCAAAUCCUUGGCAGUAAUAGGGCCCAAUGCUAAUGUAACCAAAACCAUGAUUGGCAAUUAUGAAGGUGUGCCAUGUAAAUACACAACUCCUUUGCAAGGUCUAAUGGCCUCAGUUGCAACAGUGUAUCAGCCGGGCUGUGCUGAUAUAUCGUGUCCCACCGCUCAAGUGGAUGAAGCUAAGAAAGUAGCUGCUGCUGCUGAUGCUGUAGUUUUAAUAAUGGGUUCGGACCAAUCUAUCGAGACUGAAAGCAAGGAUAGGGUCGAUAUUACACUUCCAGGACAGCAAUCUAUCUUAGUUUCAGCUGUUGCAAAUGUAUCCAAGGGGCCUGUAAUUCUUGUUAUUAUGUCCGGAGGUGGCAUGGACGUACAAUUUGCAAAAGAUGAUCCCAAAAUAACUAGCAUCCUCUGGGUCGGUUUCCCUGGCGAAGCCGGUGGAGCAGCAAUUGCUGAUGUAAUAUUUGGAUGUUACAAUCCAAGUGGAAGGCUACCAAUGACAUGGUAUCCCCAAUCAUAUGUAGACAAGGUUAAUAUGACUAACAUGAACAUGAGACCGGACCCAGCCACAGGCUACCCUGGUCGAACAUACCGUUUCUACACUGGCCCAACCGUUUUUUCAUUUGGGGAUGGACUGAGCUACUCUCAAUUCAAUCACAACCUCGUUCAAGCCCCAAAGCUCGUCUCGGUCCCCCUAGAUGAGGGACAUGUUUGUCGCUCAUCAGAAUGCAAGUCCAUUGAUGCCAUAGACGAUACCUGCAAAAAUAUAGCCUUCAAUAUUCAUCUGAGAGUUAAAAAUGUGGGGAAAAUGGCUGGAAGUCACACUGUUUUCUUGUUUUCUAGUCCUCCCCGAGUACACAAUGCACCUCAAAAACACUUGUUGGAAUUUGAGAAGGUCCAUUUGACACCAAUGGCAGAAGGACUGGUCAGAUUCAAUGUAGACGUUUGCAAGCAUUUGAGUGUGGUGGAUGAACAAGAAGAAAUGAAGAUCACAAGAUGGAUCAGGAAAAAUAAGUCAACACAAUUGUAA